AUGAGCCGGGCCUCUUUAUUGUCAACCCUUGAGCUUGGAGACAUCCUCAUGAUUUAUCUCUCCGUCUUGGCUACGGCGGUUAUCUCUUUGCUCAUCCAGCCAAAGGAAAGUGUUGAGCACCCAGUGCAUUAUGUUAGCAAAGCGUUACAAGAUGCCGAGAUUCGGUACCCAGACAUUGAGAAGCUGGCCUUCGCACUGGUAGUCUCGGCUAGACGCCUCCGACCAAACUUUCAAGCUCACACCAUCCAUGUCUUAACCAACCAACCGCUCAAGCAAGUGUUGCAGAAUCCAGAGACUUCUGAGAGGUUGGUUAAAUGGGCCAUUGAACUUGGUGAAUUUGAUAUCCACUACAAACCCCGCCUAGCUACAAAGGGCCAGGCCGUUGCUGACUUCAUAUUAGAAUUCACGAAUCCCCAAGCUUCGACCUCUACCCAGGUCAUAACCGAACCUAGUGUUCCUUCGAGCCUACUCCACAUCGCCAGCAAUGGCAACGUCGACUUGACCUAG